CCGCCGGCAUUGUGCGCACUCUAAGGCACAGAUCCAGUUCGGUAAACUAGGGAUUGUGAGCCUGGGCAGAUUUUUUUUAGGCAAACAAAUCUGAGCCCUGGGAAAGAUUAUUCGCUAGACCUUCCUCAAAGGUUGGAAGGCAAAAGACUGCGUUUGCUACCACUGCUGGAAGCUUAGUUUGGCAAUAUUUCCGGGAGGAACGUGGCCGAAAGCACAAUGGAGGCCAGAGGGGAGAGCUUUCUUAGACAAAGGCAAGUCCUAUUUCUCUUUGUUUUUCUGGGUGGGUCUCUGGCUGGGUCUGAGUCAAGACGCUACUCUGUGGUUGAGGAAACAGAGAGGGGCUAUUUAAUAGCCAACCUAGCAAAGGAUCUAGGGCUAGGGGUAGGGGAACUGGCUGUGAGGGGAGCCCAAGUUGUGUCUAAAGGGAACAAACAGCAUUUUCAGCUCAACCAUCAGACCGGCGAUUUGCUCCUGCAUGAGAAAUUGGACCGGGAAGAGCUAUGCGGCCCCACAGAGCCUUGUAUACUGCAUUUUCAGAUAUUACUGCAAACCCCUUUGCAGUUUAUUACAAAUGAGCUUCAGGUCAUAGAUGUAAACGACCAUUCUCCGGUAUUCUUUGAAAAUGAAAUACAGCUGAAACUCUUAGAAAACACGCCACCAGGAACCAUAAUUCCUUUGGAAAAUGCUGAGGACUCGGAUGUGGGAAGAAACAGUCUCCAAAACUACACGAUCGCCCCUAAUUCCCAUUUCCACGUUCUCACACGCAGUCGUAGGGACGGAAGAAAGUACCCACAACUAGUGCUGGACAAAGCACUGGACCGUGAGGAGCAGCCAGAGCUCAUUUUGACCCUGACCGCGCUGGAUGGCGGCUCUCCGCCCCGGUCGGGGAUCGCCCAGAUCCACAUCCUGGUCUUAGACAUAAACGACAACGCCCCAGAAUUUACACAGUCACUCUAUGAGGUUCAAAUUUUAGAGAACAGCCCCAUUAACUCUGUUAUUGUCACGGUCUCAGCUUCUGACUUAGAUACAGGAAAUUUUGGGACAGUAUCAUAUGCAUUUUUUCACGCUUCUGAAGAAAUUCGCAAAACUUUUCAGCUAAAUCCAAUUACUGGUGAUAUCCUGCUAGUCAAAUACUUGAAUUAUGAAGUUAUGAAUACUUAUGAAGUGGACAUAGAAGCCAAGGAUGGCGGAGGCCUUUCAGGAGAAACCACAGUGAUAGUUCAGGUGGUUGAUGUGAACGACAACCCACCAGAACUGACCUUGUCUUCAAUUACCAGCCCUAUCCCUGAGAACUCACCGGAGACUGUGGUGGCUGUUUUCAGUGUUUCUGAUCUAGACUCUGGAGACAAUGGGAGAAUUAUGUGUUCCAUCGAGAGCAAUCUCCCCUUCAUCCUCAAACCAUCAAUAGAGAAUUUUUACACCCUCGUGACAAACACAGCUCUGGACCGAGAGACAAGAGCCGAGUACAACAUCACCAUCACCGUCACCGACCUGGGGACCCCCAGGCUGAAAACCCAGCACAACAUAACGGUGACGGUCUCCGACGUCAACGACAACGCCCCGGCCUUCAGCCAAGCCGCCUACACCCUGCGGGUGCGCGAGAACAACAGCCCCGCCCUGCACAUCGGCAGCGUGAGCGCCACGGACAGAGACUCGGGCGCCAACGCGCAGGUCACCUACUCGCUGCUGCCGCCCCAGGACCCGCAGCUGCCGCUGGCCUCGCUGGUGUCCAUCAACGCGGACAACGGGCAGCUGUUCGCGCUCAGGUCCCUGGAUUUCGAGGCGCUGCGGGCGUUCGAGUUCCGCGUGGGCGCGGCCGACCGCGGCUCGCCGGCGCUCAGCAGCCAGGCGCUGGUGCGCGUGCUGGUGGUGGACGACAACGACAACUCGCCCUUCGUGCUGUACCCGCUGCAGAACGGCUCCGCGCCCUGCACCGAGCUGGUGCCCAGGGCGGCCGAGGCGGGCUACCUGGUGACCAAGGUGGUGGCGGUGGACGGCGACUCGGGCCAGAACGCCUGGCUGUCGUACCAGCUGCUCAAGGCCACGGAGCCCGGGCUGUUCGGCGUGUGGGCGCACAGCGGCGAGGUGCGCACGGCCAGGCUGCUGAGCGAGCGCGACGCCGUCAAGCACAGGCUGGUGGUGCUGGUCAAGGACAAUGGCGAGCCGCCGCUGUCGGCCAGCGUCACGCUGCACGUGCUGCUGGUGGACGGCUUCUCGCAGCCCUACCUGCCGCUCCCGGACGCGGCGGCGGCCGAGGCCCGCGCCGACCCGCUCACCGUCUACCUGGUGGUCGCCUUGGCGUCGGUGUCGUCGCUCUUCCUGUUCUCGGUGCUGGUGUUCGUGGCGGUGCGGCUGUGCAGGAGGAGCCGGGCGGCGUCGGGGGGCGGCUGCUCGGUGCCCGAGGGCCCCUUUCCGGGCCACCUGGUGGACGUCAGCGGCGCGGGGACCCUGUCCCACAGCUACCAGUACGAGGUGUGUCUGACGGAAGGAUCUGGGACCAAUGAGUUCAAGUUCCUCAAGCCAGUUUUUCCCAAUGGCCUGGUUCAAGACACUGAGACUAAAGCAAAGCUCCAAUUUUAAGGAUAGUUUAGGUUUCAUUUACAGAAUAGUGAAAAAAUAGGUGUUUGGCUAUGGUUGUUUUCUUUUGAAAUCAAGAAUCUUUAGUUGAUAUAACAUUUUGUUUAUAUAUUGAUUUUACUUUGUGUUGUUAAUCCUUGCAUAUUCUUUUUUCAUCUACUUCCUUUCUUACUAAUGCAGUCUUAAUGCCUCUCUUUCUUUUUCUAAUAGGUGAGCAAAAAUACAUUCAUUUUGUUUUAAUGAUGAUUUCUAACCGGUUUACUUUAAGGAGCUCAUCUCAAAUUCUAUAUCCAGAGCAAUGUAGAUAGAGUUCCACGCCAGUAAUCUUGUAAUUUACCCUGUAUAAUACAGUCAGAUAUUGUUCUUUACAAUAUAUUUAAAGCAGCUUUGUAGUUAAUGAGGUUUGUGGAUAGAUAAAAAUGUGCUUUCUUUAAGAUGUACCUUCUUUAAGGUACAACAUGUUUUUAAGGACAUAGUAGUCAGAAGAAGUAAUACAUUUAAUUCACUUUCUGUUUUGAUAUUUGCAGUUAAUAUUUCAAUAUUAUAUGCAUUUACAUUGACAAAAAUGCACACAAAAUAUAGGCUAUAAGGCAAAUUACUCCGGAUUUGCCUAGAGUAUUGAUUACUGAAGAAUCAGUCAUGAUGACUGAAGAAUAAAAAUUAAGCCUAGAGCAUUUUGAACAACAGAUUGUGCCUUUCCAUUUUGCAUGAAAACUGUUUAGCGAGGCAUCUGAUGUGAUGAUAAUUCAGUUUGUAAAUUCUGAGAUACAAAUGUUAUCAACCCAAGAGUCAUUU